AUGUUGUCUGCUCCACGACGCCGUCACUUGGUAGCAGGUUUUAGGCUUUCUGCCCUCGGCGGCGCUUGCGGCUCGCAUUGUUCUGGCACAUACUCGUAUAGGUUUAUCAGAUGCUCCAUAUCAGGCAGUCGCUGCGCACAGAUUAUGGGAAGAAAUCCCAUUUGUGUUUCGUCCCGGAGCAUUGCGUACAAAACUGACGCUUCUUCUUUUGAGAGGGAAGUUAUUCAGUCCCAACAGGCUAUUUGCCUUGUAUACUACAGGCCAGAUAGCAGUGGCUGCAACGCUUAUUUGGCUCACACGGAGCGUCUGGUUGAUCGACUGAACGAGCAGGCAUGUGGGGGUAAGAAUGGAGAGGGUACAGAAGCAUCAAUGCAGCGGGCAUGGUUGAAACUUUGCACAAUUAACGCCGACGAGAACCGGAACCUCGCGUCCGCUUUUUCUGUUGAGCGUGCCAAGUUGCCCAUUACGUACUUCAUUAUGCAGGGCACAAUAAUUGACAAGGUCACUGGCCAGGUGACUGAGACUCGACUCGAAGGCAUCUUGCGCAAGUUUUUGGACCAUUAUCAACAGCAGUUGAACGUUGACUUGAUGGGAGGUUCCCCUAACAAACAAAACCCUUUACCGGCUGCGGCAGGCGCAGACCUUCUUCACGGUGCUUCUACUCAAUACCUUCAGAACCAAAUUAUGGCGGCGCUUCUCGGUACCGAGUGCAUUCGACUUCCGGAGGAAAGCGAGAAACUGGACGGUCUACGCAAAACCAUUCAACAAGCCAAGAAAAAGGCCUUCGAUGAGCUGCAGGAGCUUCGCAGGGAACUUGGCGUGGAUGUGCGGCGACUUGGAGAAGCUGAAAUGAUGGAGCGGUAUUACAAAUCUUCACAAUAUAGCGCUACUGCGGUAUUAUCGGGGCUGGAGGCAUUGUUUUUGGCGCGUGUUCACGCAACGAUUGGCAACAUAUCGGCAGAAAAUGUCCUCUUCGCAGUAAAGGCUAUUCAGCGAGACUUUGAACCUGCAUUGGGUGACAACACUGUUAAGCGGCUCAUAUCGUUGUGUGAGGCGUUGGUUCUUCGUGCUGAGCUGCACUUGGAGCGGAAAUUGGAAAGUGAAAGCGGUGGCGAGGCGCAUGUUGCAAAGCUUCUUCGUUGGAUUGACGAAUUGGUAGACGCCCGCUUAGUACCGGAGCGGUAUCCCAGUUCAGAAGUUGAGGAAAUGUUUAACCUACUGAAGUUAUACAUUCCACAGGCACGGCGGGCACAGGGUUCGAAUAAAGAGGAAUGCCUCAGUGCCAAGCGUGUCCGUCAGGUUAAAACAUGUCUACUGGGUGUGUUGCAACUGUUUCACGAUGAUCCAAAAAGUCAAGAGGCCCGGUUGCGCCUCUCCUCUCUUCUGUACUGA